CAACUACUUAAGUCAGUCGUACUUAAUAUUCGAACAGAUACGGUCGGUUUUAAUGAAAACAAAAUAUAAAUUAGCAUUACGAGACAUUCUGGGGUUCGAACUCCGGUAGAAAACAGAACUUCGGCCAAGAUUCGCGACUUGACGGUACUGUGCGGUGUGGUGAUUGCUUCUUCAGAGUGGGAUAGCUCUGUUGUUGGUGCAGCUGAUUUUUUUUUGUGUUUCGUGAAGAUCGACCUUUUAGAAGAGUGCACACUUCAUUUCGGAUCGUGUUCGUUGUCGAUUGGCACUGUGCGCGCGCGCAUAAGUAAAGGUCUGUCCCCGCGAGUAAGGCUCGAUUUGCACAGUUUGUCAUAGCUUGCACUGUCGUUGAAGUCCCACUGGCCCCAUCAUAGUCUGCGGUGGGAGCAUAAACUCCUAGCUCCAAACUGUGAGCGCUUUGCUCGCGUUCUAUUUCGUAUGCGCGAACGUGAGAAAUUGAUACUGCCGGAAAUGUAGAUUUAUAUGAAUAGCAGAAUAAAGAAGAUAGUUUCUGCUCGUUUUUCUUGUGGCUAGCCGCUUCAAGCUGUUAAGGUGGAUGAUACAGUCUUUUGUAGGUUCGGUGCUCGUACGUGUGCGGUGGUAAAUGGAAAAUCAUUUUUCGUUGUGAAUGAAAUUCUUCGUUUUGUUUCAGUGAGAUAUUGAAUUGAGCAAAUAAGUUCACCCCUUGCACUGUGAUUGGGAAAGAAUUCAAGUGUCAGUUUUGUAUGCCCUGUGGCAAAUUAAAAGUGUGAAAGUGUGUUCGAGGGAAUUCCUCCGAAAUUUCCAAACGCGAAACGUUGAAAGAAAUUAAAGUGCAACAAGCGUGCAGCGACAAUUUGCAUCCAAUCAGUGGGGCAACAGUUUUUUUUUCAUAAACCGAACACAACAAUCAUAAUUCAGAGGACCUUCAGCCAGAGCCCGGCAACAUUGUGCAGUAGUGUGAGCCCACGAAAGGGAAUUUGGUCCCCAUCUGCAGCAAGGAAUCAGCACCGGUCUCGGAAAAGAAAAAUGGACGAACGAAGGCGACACCGAUGAGCAACUAAAUCUGUGAUAAUGAUACGACCGUGCUACCUUCUAGCAAUUAGUGUUUAAGUGUACCUGAAUAUAGUGUGAUAGCAACUAACAGCCGGCCCCAAAAAUGGAUCUGUAGAGUUUUCUUAUGACAGCCAACUAGGCAAUCAAAACUCAAACAAUAAUGGUCAGAUCUAACAACAUAUGGUGGACGGCCCAGGAUCUCAUGCAUAAUAAGAAGACGCACACCAGUUGGUAUCCGCUGCCAGACCCUGUGCAUCGUGUUAUGCAGCAAACGAGUCAGCUCCAAGGACCCCCACAACAAGAAUGAACCAGGUUCAGAGUGAUCUAGUAAAGUCAGCAGUAACCGCAAAAACAUUAACCGCAAUCAAACAAUCCCAGACCGCAACGGCCAACAACCUUCACAGCAAUCAAUUCAACGCUUCAGCAAUCACCACAAUCAACAACAAUAAUAUCGACAGCAAGAACAAAAAUCCGACCCCUUCGAGUCAGGUGACCAGCAGCCCGAUCAGUGUUAUUCAUAUGACAAACGUCAGUGUACCACAGAAGCUUCUGGUCCCGAAUGGGAAAUCGCAGGCACCGGCAGUGCCCUCUGCACCGGAUGCACGGGCAAAGCAGGUCCUAAAGGAGGCGGUCGAUGCCGUUGUAAAUAGUUUCGCCAAACAUACCCAAGGAUAUGGUAGAGUUAACGUCGUUGAAGCGCUGCAGGAGUUCUGGCAAAUGAAGGCAGCGCGGGGGGCGGAACUCAAAAAUGGCGCUCUUGUGAUAUACGAAUCCAUCCCAUCUACUAGCCAACCGUACGUGUGCUACGUGACCCUACCCGGUGGCAGUUGUUUCGGAAGCUUUCAGAAUUGCCCCACCAAAGCCGAAGCCCGGAGAAGUUCCGCCAAGAUAGCUUUAAUGAAUUCCGUUUUUAACGAGCACCCGUCCCGGCGGAUCAGCGAUGACUUCAUCGAAAAGGCUGUCCAGGAAGCACGAGCAUCGUUCAAGGGAGAAAACCAAGAGGACGAUGGACCCGACACCGGAAUCGGAGCCUUCAGAUUCAUGCUGGAAACCAACAAAGGUCGAACGAUGCUCGAGUUCCAGGAGUUGAUGACGGUGUUUCAGCUGCUACAUUGGAACGGUUCGCUAAAAGCAAUGCGCGAAAGGCAGUGUUCCCGACAGGAGGUGGUUGCUCACUACUCGAACCGUUCGCUAGAUGACGAAAUGCGACAACAGAUGGCGCUCGAUUGGAUCGAACGGGAACACGAAAAUCCCGGUCUCCUCAGCAGAGAGCUGGCGAUUGCCGAAAGAGAACUAGAGACUGCUCGGUUGGCUGGACGCGAGCUGCGAUUCCCCAAGGAGAAAAAGGAUAUCCUCCAGAUGGCUCACAAUCAACUCAACGGCGGCAGCAAUAUUAAUAGUUGAACGUCGACCAGUACGAUGGACGUUAGUUUUUAAGAAUCUGUAGCAUCAAGACAAAACAACAAAUUCAUAUUCCGAGAAGUACAUCUCUUGUUAUGAAUGCUUCACAAGUGCAGCAUUGAAAUUGGUCUCGUUCUUGCUUUUCUGGAAUCCAUAAAGUGUGAAAAUUCCUUAUUAAUUUAAUGGAUUUGUUUUUAUGCAUUAAUGAUUACGUUUUUUGUUUGAUAUAUAGUUUUAUAUUAGAGACGAACAAAUCAAGCAGCAAGGUUUUAUUUGCAAAUUAACUUAUAAUCGAUAACGGACAAAACCAGAACAUAAGCUCAAGUAAAUGUGAUUUUUAUUCCCAUUCUUAUCAUAGCACUAACGAGUGACAAAUCCAUAGCCGGUAUUCUGAGAACAGUGUGUUUUUUUCUUAAUUUGGUGGUGGUGAUUUUUGUUUACUAGUUAACUACUUUUACAUUCUAAUCUUUGACCUUUCACAACUGAUUACGAUAAUACCCACGAAUUCAUAAAAUAUUUCCACAAUUCUUACCGAUAAAUCAAAAACAAUAGUGUAGACUAGCAUGUAGCACAGCAUUAAUACAAUAGAUCCAACUGUCUUCAGUUAUAUUGUACAUAAAAAAAACGACAAAACCGUUCAAACAUCCGCUCAUUUUCGAUUAUUGCUAUUGUCUGUUUCGUCUUCCAAUCUAUCCGGUGUUUCAAGUUGUAUCGUCUAAAAAAAUCAAAUCAAAAAUUAUCUCAACAAAUCCCACAGCCAAGCUGACCGAACACAAGCAAAGAACUAAAAUCUAAAACCUGGAGGCAAAUAAAUAUUUUUCGAUGCGUGAAAAAUCUAUUUAUUCAAACAAAAAUGUGAUUUUAAUUGAAAAGCAAAAAUUUAGUUAGAAAAAUUUAAGAUUUUGAAAAAUCGAAAAUUUUAAUUUAUUUUUAUAUAAAAAAGAAGAAGAAGCAGAGCGGAAGCAGCAAAUAUUUACACCUAAAAUUUAACUAAUCUAGACAAUGUUUUUAACUGUAACCACAGAAAAGAACCCCUUUCGGCCAAAUUUAAUCUUAAAAUUUAGACGAAAAUUGUGAUGUAUGCGUAACACUUAAACUAAAAAGUAAUAUUUUUUAUUUAGCGGAAGACCAAGUGAAAUUUUUAAUAAUUUUAACAGUUUAGCGAUAAAAUAACUAAAGGCAAAUCAUAUUGAUAGAGAGGAACGCAAAUAAUAAACGAGAAUCGAUGCCGGCGGGUUGAAGAGCGUACACAAGAACCAGGGAUGCACAUUGGAUUACCAAGUACCAAUUGUCGCUUGUCCCGCUGGCAAAGUGAAUCAGUAAAGUGUAAAGAUGCAGUUCUAGCGAAAGGAAGCGUGAAUAAAUAGUUUCGUUUUAAAUAAC